AUGCUCGUGAUCACACCAUGCCUUUGCUGCUCGGGUGGUGGCGGAUGUUGUUGCUGCAUGAGAGGCUCAAAGAAUUUGCCAGCGUUCGGUAAGGCUAUACCAUUAGGCGGUAAAGCUCUUCCAAUGGCCGGUGGAAGUGGUGGUGUCGCAUUAAUGGCCGGAGGUCAGCCGAAAGGAUUCAUUGCACCACAUGGUCUUGUUGGGAGUGCAUCGCUAACCGAAAAAUCUAGCAAAGUGUACGUUUCGCUUUCCAUAAACUUGAAUUUUUCGCUCAAAUGA